AAAUAAGCCAACGACAGUUAAAAUAGACCUUUCAUCACCCAACCCUAAUGCAAGAAUCUUACAACCAUAAAGGUAACCAACAGAAAAAAUAAAAAUUCUGGUCAUGAAAAAUAGAAAGCAAGCAAAUAGUAAAAUUAAAAUAUUGCUUCCAAACUCUAAACUCUCCUGCACUCCAUGGCGGCGAUUCAGGAGGGGGACAGUCCAACAGUAUUGUAACAUCUUCCGCUCAUUGCCUCCGGUCUCGAUAUGUUUCAGCCUCUAGUCUCACGCUUCGUUCAUGACCUUCUGAUCUCAACCAUGAACGACAUCUUCAAAACCCAACCUUAAACCGCCAUAUAGGUGAUGCGGUCUGCCGAAGAAGAGCGCCUCACGAAAGGCGGACGAAAGCCGCACUUCGUCGAAGACAAAAGCGGAGAAAAACAACCCCUAAUCCUAGAGGAGACAGCCGCCUAGAUAGAAGCUCUCGCCUAGAGAGAGAAUUCUAUGUCUUUUGAUAAUAAACUAGUCUUUUAUUAAUAAAUGAAAAAUAUUUUGUGUUUUUUUACAGUAAAAUAUUUUGCGUUAAUAAACAUUCGUUCAUAUAAAAACAAUCACGAUAAAACUAAUAAAAAAAGUAAAAAUGAACCGCUAUGAAUCCUAUGAUGUCGUACAUCUAUCCGAUAACAAUACAAAUUUCAACUCUCUCAAGUGGCUAUGAUUGACGCUAUACUUCUUCUUUUACAUGUCAAAUUGACUUGGUCAAGCUCUUAGCUCUUAACUUCAUGCAAUUAUUAUCAUUUGAGUAUUUGACUAUUAUGUUUGAGUGUUUGACAGUAGAGAUAUAGGUACACACUAUAUCACUGAUGUCAAUGAUAUAGUGUACAGAAGAGUAGCGUACACCAAAGAUGGGUGCCUCAAAACAGAUCCAUGCAACUGUUUUUUUCCUACUUUUUAUCUCCAUAACUUUAUUGAUCUCUAAAGUAGCCUAUUCUUUUGGAGAUAUAAACAUAGGUUGUCCAGAACUUGAAAAACAAUCACUUGCGAAGUUGAAGCAAUCUUUGAAAGAUCCAAAGAAUCACCUAUCAUCAUGGGAUGUCAAAGUUGAUUGCUGCAAGUGGAAAGGUGUGGUUUGCAGGAACCACAACAUCACUAGCACUGCCCAUGUUCAUCAACUCUAUCUUCAAAACAAUGGUUUGAGUGGUAAUAUAAAUCCAUCUUUGGUUAAUCUCAAACACUUGAGACACCUUGAUCUCAGCCUCAAUAACUUUGAGGUAACAAUCCCUUCAUUCAUCGGCUCGCUCACACACCUCAAGUAUUUGAAUCUAUCAGAUGCUGGAUUUCAUGGAAAGAUUCCUCAUACCAUCGGGAAUCUUUCAUUUUUACAUACUUUAGACUUGAAUGGUUCCGUGAGAGUCACAGCGGAUAGCAUUGAUUGGCUAUAUGGGCUCUCUCGGUUGGAGUACCUCAACUUGAAUUAUGUGGAUCUAAGCAAAGCUGCGGAUUGGUUUCGAGUCAUCAACAGGCUCCCAUCUUUAACACAGUUGCAUUUUGCAUUUUGUAAUCUUGAUUCUAUCCCUGAUGAUAUAGUUGUAAGUUUUAACCUUGCUACUUCUUUAACAUUCCUCGACCUCUCCCACAACAAAUUCAACUCUUACACCCUCCCCAGUUGGAUUUUUCAACUCAAGAAUCUUCUUCACCUUGAUCUAAGUUUCAACAACUUAAACGGACCAAUCCCAACCCUCACCAAUGCCACCAAACUCCAAUACAUUGAUCUCUCUAAGAACCAUUUCAAUUCCACCAUUCCAGAUUGGCUUUACUGGUGUAAAGACUUGGAAUUUGUUCACUUCAGUUACAGCCUCCUACAUGGAACCAUUUCCAACGCAGUAGCGAAUCUAACCUCUCUUAAGACCCUCGAUUUCUUUGGGAACAACCUUGCUGGGAAAAUACCAAGAGAAAUCUCUCAAAUGUGCAAAUUAGAGUUUCUGUUCCUCACCUACAAUGCUUUUGAGGGUGACAUAUCUGAUUCCUUCGGGAAUAUGUCACAGUGCUUCUUAACAUCUCUGAAACUCCUCUGCAUGAGGGGUAACCGACUCUCUGGCCAACUAACGGACCAAUUCGGAGACUUCACCAGAAUGCAGCAUCUCCAUUUUGGCGGGAACUCAUUUUCCGGCGAGAUACCAGCCAGCCUAGGAAAGUUAAAGUCAUUGGUAGAAAUCAGCUUGUACGGCAAUAAGUUUACCGGGAAUCUCCCUGAGAGUUUCGGUCAGCUUUCAAAUCUGGAAGAUCUAUACGCAGACGACAACGUGCUGCUUGAAGGGGUCGUGACGGAGAACCACUUCGCAAAUCUCACGAAAUUGAAGACCUUUACUGCCUCAGGCAGUCACUUAACUUUGAAUGUGAGCUCAAAUUGGGUCCCGCCCUUCAAAGUCACCACCCUCAGACUGGGGUCAUGGAACUUACUGCUAGGUCAAGGCGCUAGGGUUCUGUUGUGGCUGGAGACGCAGAAGAAUACCAUCUCGGAACUUGAUUUAUCCAAAACUGGGAUCUCCGGUGAGGUUCCCAGCUGGUUUUGGGAAAUUAGGGUUUUGAAUCUGUCCCAUAACCACCUCUACGGUGAAAUUCCACCCAUAAUUGGACUCCCGAAUGAAUAUAUGUAUCUGAGUUCUAAUCAAUUCAGCGGUUCAUUGCCCCAAAUCUCACACGCGAUGAAAGAGCUUGAUCUAUCCAAUAACUCACUGUCUUCCGGCACGUCUCACCUUCUAUGCGGCAGCUCAGCCAAGGCAUACGAUCUGGAGAUUCUUCACUUGGGAGGAAAUCAAUUAAGUGGAAAGCUUCCAGAUUGUUGGAUGAAAUGGCCUGCUUUGAAGUACUUGAAUAUCGGCAAUAACGCCAUGUUCGGAAGCAUCCCUAAUUCCAUGGGAUUCCUUUCAAACCUCCAGUCGCUUAAUCUAUACGGAAACAGAUUUUCUGGAGACAUACCUUUUCAAAUGCAGAACUGCACAGAACUGGUGAAGAUGGAGCUUUCUGAAAAUGAUCUGGACAGGAACAUACCAACAUGGGUAGGGAAGAAGCUACUGAAGCUGAAGUUUCUCAUUCUAAGCUCGAAUAAGAUGAAAGGUGAAAUUCCCAGAGAGAUAUGUGAACUAAGUUCUCUCCAAAUCUUGGAUCUGUCUCACAACAAACUCUCAGGCGCCAUACCUUCCUGUGUGUGUAACUUCAAUGCAAUGGCUACAAAAAGAAGCUUAGCUGAAUAUAACUAUUCACAAACCUUCUUUAUAGACAGUGCAUUAGUGGGUACUAAAGGAAGUGACCUGCAGUAUGAUACCAUUCUCUCACUGGUGACCAGCAUUGACCUCUCCAGCAAUAACCUCUCUGGAUAUAUCCCAAAGGAGAUCACAAGCUUGGUGGAGUUAAGAUCAUUGAACCUGUCAAGAAACCACUUUUCUGGUCCCAUCCCACAUAAAUUGGGAGAUAUGAAGCAAUUGGAAUAUCUGGAUUUGUCUAGGAAUGCUUUGUCAGGACAUAUUCCUGAUAGCCUCUCGCUUUUAUCUUUAUUGAGUCAUCUGGACUUGUCUUUCAAUAACUUAACAGGGAGAAUACCGGAAAGCACUCAGCUUCUGGGCUUAGACGGCAGGAGCUUUAUUGGUAAUGAUGUAUGCGGGCCCCCUUUAACGAGAAGUUGCAGCCAUGGGAAUGGACUCACAGGUGAGCAUGAAGACGAUGAUGGGUAUAGUGAGAUAGAAUGGUUCUAUGUGUCUUCGAGUUUAGGAUAUGCAGUGGGGUUUUCAGCUGUGUGCGCAACUUUGGUGUUGAACAAGUCAUGGAGGGAAGUCUAUUUUCAGUCACUAGAACACAUGUGGAGCAGGCUUCGCCUGUCUAGCUAGUUAGCUUGUUGUAUAAUCUCACGCACGAAAUUUGAUUUUGAGACAUAUUACCUCAAUCCAAAGAUCAUGACUUUCUU